AUGGCAGUACUUACUCUUUACACAAAUCCCAAGGAACCUGAGAAAGUGACCGAGAUAUACCAGUUCAAAUUCAAAUACACAAAAGAAGGAGCCACUAUGGAUUUCAACAGCAGCAGUACAAGCUUUGAAAGUGGGACAAACAGUGAAGAUAUUAAGAAAGCCAGCAUUCUACUGAUCCGUAAACUAUAUAUACUUAUGCAACACCUUGGACCCCUUCCGAAUGACGUUAUACUUACUAUGAAUCUUCACUACUAUAAUGAGGUGACUCCACAUGAUUACCAGCCUCCUGGUUUUAAAGAAGGGGUCAACUCACACUUCCUGUUAUUUGAGGGGGAGCCCAUCAACCUGCAAGUGGGAUUGGUCUCCACUGGCUUUCACAGCAUGAAAGUGAAAGUCACAACUAAGGCCACCAGAGUGUGUGAUUUGGAGAACAAUCUCUUUCAGGAGAAUGGCACUACUGAGAUUGCCCAUCAAGGCCUAGACUGUGAUGAUGAUGAGGAGGAGUGCAACAAUCAUAUUCAAAGCACAGAUUUGGGAUACAGCCAGCACAGUUUGGAGAGCUCCAGGAAGAGGAGGAAGGUCAGCGAACCAGUGAAACUCUUCAUCCCUAACAGAAAAUGA